CCUCCAUGAGAACUUCCGGUAUCAAAGUCCUCUCUGGGAUUGCUUUCCUUCUCUGUAUUUUAAUGCCACUAGGACCAGCUUGAGAGUCAUUGGACCCCAGUCUCACAAAAUAACUGUCUACAGUCCUCUGUUUCUGUCUCACAAAAUAACUGUCUACAGUCCUCUGUUUCUGUCUCUCAAAAUAACUAUCCACAGUCGUCUGUUUCUGUCUUACAAAAUAACUGUCCACAAUCGUCUGUUUGUCUCACAAAAUAACUCCACAGUCGUCUGUUUCUGUCUCGCAAAAUAACUGUCCACAAUCGUCUGUUUGUCUCACAAAAUAACUCCACAGUCGUCUGUUUCUGUCUCACAAAAUGACUGUCCACAGUCGUCUGCUUCUGUCUCACAAAAUAACUGUCCACAAUCGUCUGUUUGUCUCACAAAAUAACUCCACAGUCGUCUGUUUCUGUCUCACAAAAUGAUUGUCCACAGUCGUCUGUUUCUGUCUCACAAAAUGACUGUCCACAGUCGUCUGUUUCUGUCUCACAAAAUAACUGUCCACAGUCCUCUGUACAUCCUGGCAAGCUCAACAAGUCUCACACCAAUCUCAUACUUCUGUAUUAUUUCCUUCUUCACAUCUAUGGUGUUUCUCACUUUCUUUACCACAGGGGUACCACUAGCAAGUUUCUUUGGGCCCAUGGCAGCUUAUUUCACAGCCCCACAAGCACUAAAUACAAUUAAAUAAUCGUAAAAUGUGUGAAUGAGAUUGCAGGUUAGUGUUCACUCAAGCAUAAACAAAGCUAGACUGCUCGCGGGGACGCGGACAGAGCGGGCCAGCGGACAGGUCCCGUACCCGGCGGUCCGAAAAUAGGGGUGCGUUCGAUAAUAGGGACACAGUUUAUCCGAAAAAUGGUCUUAUUUUCGAAAUGUUCGAUAUGUGAUACUUUCGAUUUUUGAGGUUCCACUGUAAUAUAUAAUAAUAUGUUGUAGAUAAUAAUAUAUCAGGUUAGUACAAAUAAUAUUUAAGUCAGAGUUUACAUAAAAUUGUGCCAUUAUGCUGUAGUGUUGUGUAAAGGUGAGCCCGUGUGGGUUUACCUCUGUAGGGUCAAACCUGAUUGCAUCUCGUUCCUCACGUGCUGUUUGACCCGUUGUCUUAGUGAUUCCCUCAUAAAUAUAACAAUAAUGUCAUAAAUUGGUAAUAACUUCUUACCGCUGUCUUGGACCCCACUGGAUAUUAAGGACCCUAAUGGUAAUAAGUAAGAACCCAAGUGAUAAUAAGGCAACUACCCCAGUGGUAAUGAGAACAUAAGAACACUACAGCAGGCCUACUGGCCCAUGUAAGGCAGGUCCACCUCCUGGCUUAAGCCACUGACCGAGCCUAGUCAGGUCAGGGACCACAAUGGUAAUAUGUCAAGGACCACAAUAGUAAUAAGUAAGGACUCCAAUGGAAAUAAGUUACAUUGACUUUUUUGUGUUAUCGAGGUGGGUAAUUUACAUUAUGUAUGAUAAUUGUAAUUAUGUAUACCUGUACCUCAAUAAACUUACUUGGCCGUGAUGGAGCUCAAUAUUUGGACAGUACUACACAUUAUUUAAUGUUUUGGUUCAUGGUAUAUCAUUAUAAAGUCUUGGUUAAUGAGUCGAGGUUGGUUAAUAGUGUGUGAAUUAAAUAUUGAAAAAAUGUUCACUCACUGCAUAAUUAACGUUGUCUUUGGUUCCUUCAGACAGCGGGUUAAUGGAGGAAGGAAGAUAGCAAGCAUGGCCCUGCCUGAUAUAUGUCAGUUCCUGAGUAUCUAUAUGUCAGAGGACGAAGGUCCCAAGACUGAUUCAGCUGAGGGUUCCAAGUUGGACGAUCCACUUGAUGUCACUGAUGACAUCGUUGUUGCCAUGGAUAGACCAACAGGUAACUAUGGAGUGAUAUCUCGAUGUGCUCAAUGUCCUCAUUGUUUGAAGACUGUGUCAAAGACUAAAAUGAGGAUCCACCUUCGAAUCCACACGGGCGAAAAGCCAUAUGUUUGCGACAUAUGCCAGAAGGGAUUUACCCGCUCGGAUAAGCUCUGUUAUCACCGGAGAAUCCACACUGGGGAGAAGCCUUAUGUCUGUUUCUGCGGCAAGAGGUUCACCCGUAGUGACCACCUGAAAAUACAUGCAGCGACCCACGAUGUUGAUUCAGACGUGCGAGAUGCACUGCUGAAGGAGUGUAGGAAGAAUGAUUAUAUUCAGAGAGGCUUACCCAUUCCAAUAGCAAGUCCCACAGUCUACACAUGCACUCUUUGUAACCAACAAUUUACCCAGAAUCUGAAGUAUCAGCGUCAUCUGAAACUCCACAGUAGCAAAACAUCAUACAGAUGUUUUUGUGGUGCCCAGUACACCCAGUCGGGGAGACUGCGCUUACACCAGAUAGAAAAACAUGGUUUUCAGGAAAAUGCCUCAGCUUUCCUUGAAUCUAGUCACGCUAUUUAUACUGCCAUUCCAGAAUCUGUGUUAAAAGGGGUCACAGAUCCAUUGGGAAAGUCUCUGCUUGGAAGAAAGUGUAUUAGAAAAAAGAUAUCAGAACCAGACUCCAGGCAGGUUACCACUGAGGUGGUGAAAGAUGCCGUGGUGGAGGAGACUGUGGCACAGCCAGUGGUCACAAGCACAGCUGUGAUGGAUGAUGUUAAGCAGCCGGCAGUCAAGAGGAAGUCAACACAGCCGAGAGUCAAGAAAAAGAUGAAGCCACUGGGAAUCUUGAGCGCAGACAUGAUGGCUGACAUCAAGCAGCCGGCAGUCAAGAGGAAGUCAACACAGCUGGCAGUCAAGAGGAAGUCAACACAGCCGAGAGUCAAGAAAAAGAUGAAGCCACUGGGAAUCUUGAGCACAGACAUGAUGGAUGACAUCAAGCAGCCGGCAGCCAUGACCACAGUCAUGAUAAAUAAUGUCAAGCAGCCGGCAGUCAAGAGGAAGUCAACACAGCCGAGAGUCAAGAAAAAGAUGAAGCCACUGGGAAUCUUGAGCACAGACAUGAUGGAUGACAUCAAGCAGCCGGCAGUCAAGAGGAAGUCAACACAGCCGACAGUCAAGGAAACGGUAAAGCAGGCAGAAGUCAUGAACACAGUCGUGAUGGAUGGCAAACAGCAGCCGGCGGUCAAGAAAAAGCCAGUAGAGCCUGCAGUCAAGAGCAUGGUGGUGUUGGAGAACAUUUCACAGCCAACCACCAGUACCAUAAUGGAAGGGAAGAGUGUAAAGCAGCCAGACCUCAUGAACAUGACAGUGAUGGGAGGUAUAAAACAGCCAUCAGCCAAGAGAAAGUUAAAACAGCCAUCAGCCAAGAGAAAGCUGAAACAGCCAUCAGCCAAGAGAAAACUAAAACAACCGGCAGUCGAGAGUUCGGUGGUGGCAGGGAAUGUGACACAACCAGCUAUCAAUAGUUUUGAUGUAAUGGAUAACACCAUAAAACAAUUGUUUGCCGACAGAAUGGUGGUCUUGGCAAACGUAAAACAGCCGCCACUCAGUAGAGAGCAGAAACUGCCAAUAUUUGAGAACACAUUAAUGGGAAAAAUAAUGCAGCUGCUGUCUGUCAAGCAUACGACAGCACAGGAAGACAUGCAGCAUCAACAGCAGCUGGCUGCCAUUGAUGCUAAAGUAGAGAGCACGAGUCAACUGGGUGUCAAGAACUCAGUAGUGAUGGCAAACAAGAAGCAAAUAUCAGUCAAGAGGAGGUUGAAGCAUUUGACAGUGAAAAGAAAUGCCAAACAAUUGACAGUGGAGGACAUGCAGGAACCAGCCAUCAACACAAUGGCAGACAGCAUGCAGGAACCAGCCAUCAACACACUGGUAGACAGUAUGCAGAAACCAGCCAUCAACACAGUGGCAGACAGCAUGCAGGAACCAGCCAUCUACACAGUGGUAGACAGUAUGCAGAAACCAGCCAUCAGCACAGUGGCAGACAACAUGCAGGAACCAGCCAUCAACACAGUGGCAGACAGCAUGCAGGAACCAGCCAACAACACAGUGGCAGACAGCAUGCAGGAACAAGUCAACAUCAACACAGUGGAAGACAGCAUGCAGGAACCAGCCAUCAACACACUGGUAGACAGUAUGCAGAAACCAGCCAUCAGCACAGUGGCAGACAACAUGCAGGAACCAGGCAUCAACACAGUGGUAGACACCAUGCAGGAACCUGCCAUCACCACAUUGGUAGAGAGCAUACAGGAACCAGCCAUCACCACAGUGGUAGACAGCAUGCAGGAACUGGCCAUCGACACAGUAAUAGACAGAAUGCAAAAACUAGCCAUCAACACAAUGGUAGACAUCAUGCAGGAACCAGCCAUCAACACAGUAGUAGACAGCACGCAGGAAUCAGCCAUCAACACAAUGGUGAUAGGAAGCACUAAACAGCCAUCAGCAAAGGGAAAAUUGAAACGGCCGGCUGUUAAGACAACAGUGGUGACAGAACACAUUAAACAGCCAGCUGUCAAGGUCAAUCUAACUCAGUUAACAAUGGACUGUAGAGUAGUUUUAGAGAACCUGAAUUUAUCAACGAUCAGGUCUAUAGUGAAUCGGCCAGCUGUCAAGACCAAAGUGAAUCAGCCAGCUGCCAAAACCAAAGUUAAUCAGUUGACUAUCAAGACCAAAGUUAAUCAGCCAACUGUCAAAACCAAAGUGAAUCGACCAGCUGUCAAGACCAAAGUGAAUCAUCUGGCUGUCAAGACCAAAGUGAAUCAGCCAGCUGUCAAAACCAAAGUGAAUCGACUGACUCUCAAGACCAAAGUGAAUCAUCUGGCUGUCAAGACCAAAGUGAAUCAACCAGCUGUCCAGACCAAAGUGAAUCAGGAGGCCAUCGAGUCUAUAGUGAAUCGACCAGUUGUCAAGACUGAACAAAAUCAGCCAGCUGUCGAGGCCACUGUAAAUCAACUGGCCAUCAAAACGAAAAUGAAUUGGCAGACCGUUAAGGCUAGUGGAAAUCUGCCGGCUGUCAAGACCAGUGUGAGUCAACCAUUCCUUGAGACCACUGUGAAUCGACUGGAAGUUGAGACCCAAGUGAAUCAGCCAGCCAUUGAAACCAAAAUCAUUCAGGUAGCCAUCAAGACCAAGGGGAAUCAACCAACUGUCAGAACCAAAGUAUCUCAACCAACAGUCAAGACCAAAGUGACUCGACCGACAGUCAAGACCACAGUGACUCGACCGACAGUCAAGGCUACAGUGACUCGACCAACAGUCAAGACUGCAGUGACAAGACCGACAGUCAAGACUGCAGUGACUCGACCGGCAGUCAAGACUGCAGUGACUCGACCGGCAGUCAAGACUGCAGUGACUCGACCGGCAGUCAAGAUUGCAGUGACUCGGCCGAUGGUCAAGACUGCAGUGACUCGACCAGCAGUCAAGACUGCAGUGACUCGACCGACAGUCAAGACUGCAGUGAUUCAACCAACAGUCAAGACUGAAGUGACUCGACCGACAGUCAAGACUGAAGUGAGUCGACCAAUGGUCAAGUGCAUGGUAGUUCUGGAGAACAUAGAGCAGCAGUUGGCACUUGACAGCACAGUCAGGGUAGACAGCAUCAAGCAGGUGGCUGUCAAGAGAAAGUUGAAGCAGCCAGUCAUCAAUGGCAUGGUAGCAGAGAACAUGCAGCAGCUGUCAGUCAACAGUAUGGUGACAGAGAACAUGACACAGCCAUCUAUCAGCAGCAUGGGAAACAAAAUCAAGAUAAUGUCAGUCGACAGCAUAGCAGUGGAGAAUAUGAAGCAGCUGUCAGUAAAGAGUAAUGUGGCAGCCAAACAAUCAAAGCCUCGGCGGAAGCUCAUCAGAGUGAAUGGAAUGUAUGCGUGUGAAUAUUGCUCGAAGCUAUUCAAGCGUUCUUACAAACUCAGUAUUCAUAGGAGGAUUCAUACUGGAGAAAAACCAUAUGUGUGUGAUUCCUGUGGCAAAGCAUUCACUCGCAAAGACAACAUGGUGAAACACAGGCGCCUCCACCUGCAACGCAGAAAGAAAUCCUACCUGAAUCAAUCCAACAGCAACAGUGCAGUUGUUGAGGAUAAUUUAUUUCAGGAAGUCAAAGUAGAGGAGGAAGAGAUUGAUGAAGGGAAUUACGAUACCAAAAUAUUGCCAGUGCAUGAGGAGGAAAAAUUGUAUGCCUGUAAUAUAUGUGGUCAGGCCUUUAAUCAAAUUUAUCACCUGCAGGCUCAUGUGGAAAUUCACUGUGAGAGAACAUAUUUCGAGUGCUGUUUGUGCAAUAAACAGUUUAAAGUUAGAGUGAAUUAUGAAAUGCAUCUCUCGAGUCACGGCAUAGAGUUGUGUGGCACAGAUGACAGUAUGAAGGAUACCAAUCUGGUUAAGGUUCAGACACAAAACAUAGAGUGCACAAUAUGUGGCAAGUGGUUUGUAUCGCAUAGAAGCCUUGGUAAUCACAUGCGGUCACAUGCUGGCCAACGACCGUAUAAUUGCCAAGAGUGUGAUGGUGUCUUCAUGUUCAAGAUGGAAAUGAUUGAACACAGGAAGUCCCAUGUUAAGGAAAAACCAUUUAGGUGCCAGCUCUGCCCUAAAACGUUUGCUCGUAGACGCUCGCUUGCCUCUCACAUAAAAAAACACCAACUAAACACUUCUACCAUAGUGGAGCACCCCUUGUCCAGUCUGGCCACAUGACCAGUGCUAACAAGUCAGACAACAGAAUCGUCUCUUUUUUGGUAGUAUUAUUUGUAAUUAUCAGGUUGUAGUAUUCCAUAAGGGGCAAGUUACAAGUUGAUUGUGAAGAGUUAAGCUCAGUUUGCUCAACCAAGAUUGGGUAGUGGAUAAUGGUGAUUGUGGUAAUCAAAGAUGAGACUCAGAUGGUGAUUGUGGUAAUCAGAGAUGAGACUAAUGGUGAUUGAGGUGUUCAGAGGUGAGGCUUCUCCUGUGACCACAACAAUAACGAAUAAUUGUGUAGUGCAGAGGAUUGUAUCGUGUUCCCAGGGUCUAAAUUGGCAUUUUUAAUGAAUAUUUUUUCUAGUAUUGUGAUUAGCCUAGUACAUGUACAGAGCUAGAUACUUUUUCCUAGUACAUGUACAAAGUUAGAUUCUUGAUCCUAGUACAUGUACAGAGCUAGAUAUUUUAUCCUAGUACAUGUACAGAGCUAGAUAUUUUAUCCUAGUACAUGUACAGAGCUAGAUAUUUUAUCCUAGUACAUGUACAAAGUGAGAUACUUGAUCCUGAUACAUUUACAGAGCUAGAUACUUUUUCCUAGUACAUGUACAAAGUUGUUAGGUAAGACACAUAUGCAACAGUUAGGUAUCUUUAUUAUGAAACGUUUCGCCUACGCAGUAGGCUUCUUCAGUCAA